AUGAAAGGCUUCUGCAAAGAUUCGAUCCGGUUCCGCGAAACUUGAUCAAAGAUCAUGACGGCCGGCCGCUGCAACUCUUUACAUGCGUUACCGUUGCUCUUAUGUUAGUAAGAACCUUACGAGAUGAAAAGGCAAGCAGAGCCUCUAAUCAUCCACUUCCGCCCAGCCUCUUCUAAUUUCCAAUGAGACUGCAGCCAAAAUUAUUUCCCCAUGGCUGCUGCCAGGAUGAGCGAGAAAUCAUGCAUUCCUCUUCUCCAAAACUGCAAAUCACUCAAGGAACUGAAGCAAAUCCAUUGCCGGAUCUUUAGAACUGGACUGCACCAGAGCGAAAUUGCAGUCAGCAGGCUCAUAUCCUUCUGUGCAAUCUCAAAGCCACAGAAUUUGCGCUACGCCGAGCUUCUUGCUUCAAUAAUCGAUCCUCCAUGGCUCUUCAUCUUCAAUGUGAUGAUCAGAGCUUACGUCAAAGUGGGCAGCUUUGGUAAGGCACUGAAAAUGUAUGCCAAGCUGUUGGGAGAAGGACUGGUACCUGAUAACUUCACAUACCCACUUGUUCUCAAGGCGAUUGGGGGCUUGCUGGCAGUAGAAGACGGGAAGAAGUGUCAUGCAACUAUAAUGAAGACUGGGUUUUUGCUAGAUCCUUUUGUCAGGAGUGCACUUGUUGGCAUGUACGCGGAAAUGGGCAGACUCAAUUCAGGCCUUCAAGUGUUUGAUGAAAUGCCUGAGAGGGAUGUUGUUUCUUGGAAUGUGUUGAUAUGCAGCUAUGUCAAGGCUGGAAGGCCCACUGAUGCGAGGGACGCUUUCGAAAGGAUGGGGAAGGAAAGAAUCAGGCCUGACGAAGCGACCUUGCUUAGCACUCUUUCUGCUUGUGGUAGCCUGGGCGAUCUGGACUUGGGAAAGAGGAUUCAUUCCUAUAUCUACUGGAACAUUGGUUCAAGUGUUGUUCUUGACAACGCUUUGAUGGACAUGUAUUGCAAGUGUGGGAACAUUCUUUCAGCACGUAUCAUCUUUGACAGAAUGAAUGGCAAAAACAUGAUCUCCUGGACCACAAUGAUCGCUGGUUAUGUCGGCCAUGGCAGACUUCAUGAUGCAAGGCAGCUCUUUGAUGAAUGCCUAGAGAGAGAUGUCAUUUUAUGGACUGCUAUGAUCAACGGCUAUACAAAGUUCAGUCGGUUCAAUGAGGCACUGGACCUGUUUCGACGAAUGCAGGUUUUGAGAAUCAAACCAGAUAAAUUCACAGUUGUUACAGUUCUUACAGUGUGUGCUCAUCUAGGGGCACUAGAGCAAGGUGAAUGGUUGCAUAAAUAUAUCGAGGAGAACAGAAUCAAGAUAGAUGCUUUUGUAGGCACAGCGCUGCUUGAUAUGUAUGCGAAGUGUGGGUGCAUAGAGAAAUCUCUUGAUGUUUUCUGGAAAAUUAAGCAGAAAGAUGCAGCUGCAUGGACAGCAAUGAUCUGCGGGCUCGCCAUGAAUGGGCGAACACAUAAAGCCCUUCAAUUCUUUGAAGACAUGAGAAGGGUGGCACUGAAACCAGAUGAUAUCGCCUUCAUUGGCAUCUUAAGUGCAUGUAGCCACGGAGGACUGGUCGAGGAGGGUCAGAGAUAUUUCAAUUUAAUGAAGAAUGAGUAUGGCUUUCAGCCCCAAGUUGAGCAUUAUGGUUGCAUGGUUGAUCUUCUUGGUCGAGCUGGUUUACUGGCUAAAGCAGAACAACUAAUAGAGCAAAUACCCGAUGCUUCAGACUGUUUGCCACUUUGGGGUUCUCUCCUCAGUGCCUGCCGGAUCCAUGGCCAUGUUGAAAUGGGCGAGCGUAUCAUGAAACGCUUUAAUCUGUCUGCUUCAAGUAAUCCUGGAAUACAUACACUCCUUUCAAAUAUCUAUGCUGCAGCCAAUCGCUGGGAAGAUGUGAACAAGGUAAGAAGAAUAAUGAAGGAUACCAGCAUCGGGAAAAUUCCUGGGUGCAGUUCUGUUGAAGUGAGUGGCACGGUGCAUGUGUUCCUUGCUGGGGAUACAUUGCAUCCACAGACAGAAGAGAUCUAUUCUGUAGCAGACAACAUAGGGAGCCUCUUACUGUUGGAAAGCAUUUGAAUCUUGAGCAGAGAACCUGCCAUGCUUCACCACUGUAUGUUAUCAGCAAGUUGCGUUAGGUCCUACAGAACAAGUUACACAAGUUAUUCUUUGGUUGGGCUCUCAGACCACUGUUUCAUCUACUGAUCAUAAAAAAAGAAAAAAAAAAGAAAAAACUCUGAUUCUACUGA